AUGCCUCGUCCUAGCUUCCCGCCCACUCCACAACCUUCAACUGAUAUCACUGGCAAGUGCAGCGCAAAUGCCCCUCAAUUGGAGGGCGGCUUCACUCUACCUCCUGCGGCUCUAGGUGGCAGAGGGAGUGUAGCUAGCUCAUCCGAACCGUCUGAGAGUGCCUCGGAUUCCUCUUAUCGGCCACCAUCACCCUCAUCGCCAGUCGCAACAUUGAAGCCUGGUCAUGCGCGCAAGCGGUCGAAUACUACUGCCCAACAAAGUAUCAUAACCAAGGAUGACUACUCCCUUCCUCCUCCGCCCACGCGAUCGCGCAAGAUUAUACAAAUGAAGCCGAAGGAUACGCAAGAAAUGCCGAGAGCGCAAUCUCAGCCCGAGAAUGCAAAGGCCACAGCAUCAAGCACCACCAACGGUACCAAGAAGAAGCAGGCAGGCAACACUACUGCCGCGGGUCGCAAGAUUGCGCGGAAAACUGCGCACAGUUUGAUUGAGCGAAGGAGGAGAUCGAAGAUGAAUGAAGAGUUUGGUGUACUCAAGGAUAUGAUACCAGCUUGCAGAGGGCAAGAGAUGCAUAAGCUCGCUAUUUUACAGGCAUCUAUCGAGUACAUGAGAUACCUGGAACAGUGCAUUGGCAACCUUAAGAAUGCCCACCAGUCACGACGUGACUCACCUUCGUCUGCUACUUCCGAACCUCCCCCAUUCAGGCAUGUUCGCGAAGACGAGGAUGAAGAUGUAGAAGACGAGGAAGAGGACGAAGAGAUGGAGGACGCAGUGUCGCCUACCCAGGUGGAGCAUACUGCUCCCAGCUCCGGGUACCAGUUCAUGAACGCGUCGCCUGCCAUGUACCCUUCCGAUCGAAGCGUUUUUAUCCACUCCACCACUACAUCGCCAGCCAUCAUGCCCCGCGAUCAUGGUCACUACUCGGCGAACCCCUCCCCCGCGCUCCAACCCUCGGACCCACAUCGCUACUCUCUCGCCUCGUCUUCCGUUCGCUCCACCGUGACCUCACCAUCGAUUCAGCCUUCACCUGCGUUCAGUGCUCUGACACCAUCUGCAUCCCAUUUCAGCAACCCAUUCCACACAGGGCCUCCUAGUGCUGGACCCGUUGCUGCCCCUGGAUCGUCGCACGGAGCAACGCCUUUCACUUUGACUUCGCCAGCUCUUGGACCACAGGCAGAUCGUGAAGACCAGGAGGCUACCGAAGCUCUCCUGAUGUUGAACACAGACCGCAGAAGCUGGAGCGGUGCACGCGGCAUGAGCGUGAAAGACCUUCUAAGUGGGUAG